AUGCAGUCGUUACCGUUCGUGAUGCUAAACAUACGAACUUUGUGGAGUUUCGUAAUUUCAAAAUAGUAUAUCGACGGUACGCUGGACUGUACUUUUGCAUUUGUGUAGAUGUUAAUGAUAACAAUUUAUGUUAUCUUGAAGCGAUUCAUAAUUUUGUUGAAGUAUUAAAUGAAUACUUUCACAAUGUCUGUGAAUUAGACCUAGUAUUCAACUUUUACAAGGUGUAUACUGUCGUAGAUGAGAUGUUUUUAGCAGGAGAAAUACGAGAAACCAGUCAAACAAAAGUAUUGAAACAAUUGUUAAUGUUGAAUUCAUUAGAGUAAAAUAAUCGUUUUAAAUUAUUUUUUUUUAAGAUAGUUUAUGAAUUAUAUAUAAUUAAAUACUUUAAAAUAGCU